GGUGCGAGCCUGGCUGUGUUCAUCCGAGAACCAAUCAGGCCCGAAGCUACCAGAUUCCCUCCCAGCGCGCGACACCCAAAAGGGCGGGAAAAUUUUCCGCGCACCCGCGCUGCCUUCCCCUGUAUAAAGGCCCCCCCAAUCGCCUCCACCAUUCCUUCCGGUUCCCCAUUCCCCCAUUCCUCACCAGUCACCCCCGCAGCCACCGAUCCACCACCGCCUCCAGUCAAAUGGGCCGCAAGGGCAGGAAGGCUAGGGUUUCGCGCGACGCCGACGCCGAUGGCAGCGAGGAGGAGUGGGCCGCCGCUCCGGCCGCCACCGGGAGCAAGAGCCUCUACGAGAUCUUAGGGGUUGAGAAGACUGCUUCACAACAAGAAAUAAAGAAGGCAUAUUACAAAUUAGCUCUUCGGCUUCACCCAGAUAAGAAUCCUGGGGAUGAGGAAGCCAAAGAGAAGUUUCAGCAGCUGCAGAAGGUGAUUUCCAUUCUUGGAGAUGCAGAAAAGAGGGCAUUGUAUGAUGAGACAGGCAUUGCUGAUGAUGAUGAACUGGUUGGAGAAGCUGCAGACAAUCUCCAAGAGUACUUCAGAACAAUGUACAAGAAGGUCACUGAGGCUGACAUUGAAGAAUUUGAAGCUAAAUAUAGAGGAUCAGAUUCUGAGAAAAAGGACCUGAAGGAUCUUUAUACAAAAUACAAGGGCAACAUGAACAGGCUUUUCUGCUCAAUGAUCUGCUCAGAACCAAAGCUUGACUCCCACCGUUUCAAGGAUAUAAUCGAUGAGGCAAUUGCUGAAGGUGAGCUGAAAUUAACUAAAGCAUAUGAGAAAUGGGCUAAAAAGAUAUCCGAGAUGGAGCCACCAACAAAUCCGUUAGAGAGGAGAAUCAAGAAAAAGAAGAAAACUGAGGAGAAUGAUCUGAUCCUAGCCAUCUUGCAGCGCAGGGUGGAGCGUAAAAACCAGUUCAACUCCAACAUCUCAUCCAUCAUGUCCAAGUGCGACCCCAAGGCGAGCAGCUCGGAGCCCACGGAAGAGGAGUUUGAACAGGCGCGGCAGAGGCUGGAGAGCAAGAGGGCCAAGAAACGCAAGUGAUGCUGCUGCCAGCCUCCUUGCCCAGUGCGGCUGUGCUGAACCAUCAUCUGGUUAUAGCAUCAGGAUGUAGCCAAACUGAUUGCAAAUAACUAGGGUAGAUUACCAUCUGGGUUUCUUUUCUUCUCCUCUGAGCUAGUACAGUAGGUUUGUAUGUUUAUCGCCAUUGCUGGGCGGGAAGCUUUAGCUGCUGGAAUCUUUUUCGCGACCGUUAGCUGCUGGAAUCUGGAAGUAUGAGUUCCGUAGCAUCUGGCAACUGGAUUGGUUAUUUUGGUA